AUGACCAGCCUUCUCCCUCCAAUCGACCUUGCAGGUCUCCAAGACAAGUGCGUCUUGGUGACGGGCGGCGCAUCCGGUCUGGGACUGGAGACGGCACAACUAUUCGCCUCCAAAGGCGCGUACGUGACCAUUGCCGAUGUCCAGCCUCCGCUGGACGAGAGCAUCCUCACCAGACCAGGCGAGCACGUUCAGUACGUGCGCUGCAAUGUAAGCGACUGGGAGAGUCAAGCGGCGGCGUUUCAGCAGGCCAUGUCCUUUUCGCCGGCAAAGGCCAUCGACGUUGUGACCACAUUUGCUGCCGUCGAUCCGAUGGAGAAUCUCAUUGACCACGUUAAAGCUACCACCGGCAGCGGCCAGGAAGUGACACUCGAGGGACGAUUGCUACCGCCUGUGGCCCCUUCGCUCCAGUGCCUCGACAUCAAUUUGAAAGGGACCUACUACUCUGCUGCCCUGGCGCUGCACUACUUCCAGCUCCAGCGGCCACAACCUCCCCCUUCUUCGUCCGUCACCAAGGCUCUGGUCUUCAUCUCCUCGCUGGCAGGCUACCUGGAUGACGACCACAGCAUCGCCUACACGACCUCCAAGUUUGGCACGAGGGGACUCUUCCGCGCCUUGCGCCGCCGGGUGCGCGACGAGAUGGGUGUCCGCGUCAAUCUGGUGGCGCCGUGGGCCAUCAAGACGCCCAUGACGGCACCGAUCGUCGAAGCCCUGCAGGGAAUGGGCAUCGAGGACGGCAAAGGAAUCACGUUCGCGAGCAAGGAGACGUGUGCGCAGGCGGUGGGGCGGAUUGCCCUCGACGAGACGUUGCAUGGCCGAGCAUUUGCCAUCAUGCCCGAAGGGGCGUUUGACAUCAAAGACGACAUUGAGGGAGGGUACGGGGGUGAGGAGUUGAAGGUGCUGAUGGCGUGGAGGAAGGCAGCCGGAGAUUUCCUGCAGGGGUAG